AUCAUGUGCUAUGACCGCUACGUGUCCAUCUGCAAACCCCUGCACUACGGGACCCUCCUGGGCAGCAGAGCUUGUGCCCACAUGGCAGCAGCUGCCUGGGCCAGUGCCUUUCUCAAUGCUGUGCUGCACACAGCCAAUACAUUUUCCCUGCCCCUGUGCCACGGCAAUGACCUGGGCCAGUUCUUCUGUGAAAUCCCCCAGAUCCUCAAGCUCUCAUGCUCACACUCCAGCUUAAGGGAAGUUGGGCUUCUUGCGGUCACUUUCUGUUUAGGUUUUGGUUGUUUUGUGUUCAUAGUUUUCUCCUAUGUGCAGAUAUUCAGGGCUGUGCUGAGGAUCCCCUCCGAGCAGGGACGGCACAAAGCCUUUUCCACCUGCCUCCCUCACCUGGCUGUGGUCUCCCUGUUCCUCAGCACUGACACAUUUGCUCACCUGAAGCCCCCCUCCAUGUCCUCUCCAUCCCUGGAUGUGGCAGUGUCCGUUCUGUACUCGGUGGUGUCUCCAGCCCUGAACCCCCUCAUCUACAGCCUGAGGAACCAGCAGCUCAAGGAAUCUCUCAGGAAAGCUGUGACUGGAUGUGCCUCCAGUCCGUUCCAGUACAACCGGUGUCACCUGCGCGUCAGUGGCCUCGUGGUGGCCACGGUCCUGAGCGUGCUGGGGAUCACUAUCUGCGUGGCACCCCUGAAGCUGGUGGUGGCCAUGGAGCCCUCUCAGCGCAUCGCCUGGGUAUGA